UUUCCCAGAUGUCUGUGUGUACAGCUUGGGCCCUUGUCUUCCUGAGGUCUUCUCUAGUCAACCCAUUUAAAACCUCAGCUGUCUUGCUACACAUCUUCUUCUUUCUCCUUUGCUUUAUAUUUUUCAACGUUCCACGUGACCUAUUUUUUCCUUAUUGCCGCUCCUCUGCUGAAAGUUUCACCAGGGCAGAGGAUUUGUUGGCUGUCCAAAACUGCAUCCCAAUUCACAUGAACAGUGUGUGGCGCAGGCCAGGACCUGAUCAAUAAAUAUGUGAGUGGAUAAAUUUCCUGCUUUGAAGUAACUGUCUUCUAGUGAUGCAACACACUCACUGCUAAUUUCACAUUCCUGGAAGAAGCUGUGAUUUCGGAUACAUCAAAUCUGUAAGGGAAUGGUCUCUCGGUAUGCCAGAGAAAUAUACUCGCAAAUGAAGAAAAGGUCGACCUCGUUUACCUAGUACUAUACUAGAGGUUCAAAGAGCUAUUAAAGUAGCAAUUUGGCAGGCAACGGUGCGCUCUGGGAAGGGGGCUCCAAUCAAAGGUGGGACUUCGGGCUCCUGGCGCCAACGGGGAAAAGAGUCGAACAGCGGGCGGAACAACGCGCUCAGGUGAUCGAAGCUCAGGUGAGAUCCAAACCUGAUUCCCCCUCCAACCUACCCCCGAUUUCCUCCCAUUGGCUGAUCUGCGAAGGACCCGCUCUUCCAUUGGCUGAAAAGAGAAGAGGUAGAGUUGGCUCGGAGAGGAGGAGACAUUAGGGGCGGCCUGUGCGGAUCGUCUCUCAGGUUCGGGUUACUCGUUUGGUCGAUCCUGAGGGAAGUGUCCGGCGCACGCCAGAAGCCCCAUAAACCGAGGGUGAAGAGGCAGCCUGCACUCUGUCACACUGCCCCAGCGCCCUAGGGGCGUUGCCGUACCGAGGUCAAGGCAGCUGGCGCAGACUCAGUCUGCGCGCGGCGCGCCCCCGACAUCCCCCGCGGCAUGGGCUGUCCGAGGAGGCGGAGAGGGAUGACGUCAUCCAGCGGGGCGACGAGCAUUGGGCGCCAUUUUGAAAAGGGAAAAAAAAAAAAAAUCCCUCCUCGGCGGCGGCGGCGGCGGCGGUGGCGGCAGCAGCAGCGGCUGCGGCCGGAGCUGAGCGCUCGGCGGGGCGCCUCCGGUCGGGCGCGCUCGGCUGGGCAAGCCCCGUCCCGCGCUGCUGCCAUGGCAGGAGCCGGAGGCGGCGGCUGCCCCGCGGGCGGCAACGACUUCCAGUGGUGCUUCUCGCAGGUGAAGGGCGCCGUCGACGAAGACGUGGCGGAAGCUGACAUCAUUUCAACUGUUGAAUUUAAUUACUCUGGAGAUCUUCUUGCAACAGGAGACAAGGGUGGCAGAGUUGUUAUUUUUCAACGGGAACAAGAGAAUAAAAGCCGUCCUCAUUCUCGGGGAGAGUAUAAUGUUUACAGUACCUUUCAAAGUCACGAACCAGAGUUUGACUAUUUGAAAAGUCUAGAAAUUGAAGAAAAAAUUAAUAAAAUUAGGUGGUUGCCACAACAGAAUGCUGCUCAUUUUCUACUCUCUACAAAUGAUAAGACUAUUAAAUUAUGGAAGAUAAGUGAACGAGAUAAAAGAGCAGAAGGUUAUAACUUGAAAGACGAAGAUGGAAGACUUCGCGACCCAUUUAGAAUUACAGCACUACGGGUUCCUAUAUUGAAGCCCAUGGACCUUAUGGUAGAAGCAAGUCCACGGCGAAUUUUUGCAAAUGCUCACACAUAUCAUAUAAAUUCCAUUUCAGUAAAUAGUGAUCAUGAAACAUAUCUUUCUGCAGAUGACCUGAGAAUAAACCUAUGGCAUUUAGAAAUCACAGAUAGAAGCUUUAACAUUGUGGAUAUCAAGCCUGCUAACAUGGAAGAGCUGACGGAAGUCAUCACCGCUGCUGAAUUUCACCCACACCAGUGCAAUGUAUUUGUCUACAGCAGCAGCAAAGGGACCAUCCGGUUGUGUGACAUGCGUUCCUCUGCCCUGUGUGACAGACACUCUAAGUUUUUUGAAGAACCUGAAGAUCCCAGUAGUAGAUCCUUUUUCUCAGAAAUCAUUUCAUCCAUCUCUGAUGUGAAAUUCAGCCAUAGUGGUCGAUACAUGAUGACCAGGGACUACCUUUCGGUAAAGGUAUGGGACCUCAACAUGGAGAACAGGCCUGUGGAGACCCAUCAGGUGCACGAGUACCUGCGGAGCAAGCUCUGUUCCCUGUAUGAGAAUGAUUGCAUCUUCGACAAGUUUGAGUGCUGCUGGAAUGGGUCAGACAGUGCUAUUAUGACGGGGUCCUACAACAACUUCUUCAGAAUGUUCGAUAGAAACACUCGGCGGGAUGUUACACUGGAAGCUUCGAGAGAGAACAGCAAACCCCGAGCCAGCUUAAAACCCCGGAAAGUAUGUACAGGUGGUAAAAGGAAGAAAGAUGAGAUCAGCGUGGACAGUCUGGACUUCAAUAAGAAGAUCCUGCACACAGCCUGGCACCCCAUGGAGAACAUUAUUGCUGUGGCUGCCACCAAUAACUUGUAUAUAUUCCAGGACAAAAUCAACUAAAGAAGCUAACUGGAGGACCAAGUCUUGUCUUGCAUAGUUCAGCCGGUUGUUUUUCUGUCAAAGAAAAGGCGUUGUCCUCUCCAUUAAGAACAGAGAUGCACUUCCUCCUUCCCUUCAUAACUGAGGAAAGAAGCGAGCUCGGCAGGAAUCCUGGCGUAGCUUUGCAUUUAGCCCAGGGAGAGAUGCUUGCUGCUGCUCAAGGGGAAAACCCACUUGAAGCAGGAUUGGUGGACACUGCUCAAUAAAGGCCAUUACUCAAAAUAAAUGUAUUUAUUUAAGUCUGAGCCUUCCUUUCCAGUUUAUAGACCAAAAAACUAACCUCCAAGAGAAAAAGUGUUGUCAAAUAUGUUUCUGUCUCCACUUCUGUCCUCUUUCUCUGCCAUCUUAGGGCCUAACCUGUACAUGGUGUAGCCAUUGUCCAUUCCUUACUGGCCCUUCUUACGAGCCAGGUGGGCAUGCCUACCCCUUGGUAUGUGGCUUCUGCCUGAGCAGGAGCAGGCAGGUUUACUCGCCAACUGCAUCGACCAUCACACCUUCUGGUGUAACCACUCAAUAAACAGCACACUGCAAAGUGUUCUUAAAUCCAAACAUAAGUACCGUCUUUUUAUUUGUCUCAAUUGCAUAUCGUGAAAUUAUGCAAAAUUCAAAAACAGAAACUUUUGUGCUUUGGCAGAAGGGUGGGCUAUGUGUAGUACUUCAGAUUCAACGUGUAACUGUCCCCAAGCUGCCGUAACUUUGUUUUGUUGCUGCUGAAAUAGUCCAGGUAAGGUCUGGGGAAGGUCAUAACUGAGUCCACCUGAGAAGAAAACUACACCAUUACAAGGGUAAUAAAAUGCUGCUAUAAAAUUAACACCUGGCUUAAAGUAGGCCUCAAAUUCACAGCUAUUGAAAACAUACAUGCUUUCUUUUUAAAUCUUUUUAAAAAGUACUUUGGGAGGGAAAUAUACUUAAAUAUUGCUACAGCUAUUUGCAUGCUAAAUUUCAUACUGCAUUUCAAGCCAACAAUUAAAUAAUUUAUGUGAUGCCUCCAGUACCUUGGUUUAUUUCAGAAGACUUCCCAACACAGAACAUAGGUAACCAGCACUAAGGAACUGGAGCUGCCUUCCAGGGGGUUUAAUCCAUGAGCUCAGUGUCCUCAAGGGGGAUGUCGAGCCAGAGCUCAUUCACCGUUGCUAAAAUCUAGGUAUAUUUUGAUUAUUAAUGAUACACAAGGACAACAUCCUCACCCUAGCACACUAGCAGAAUGUCACUUUAGUUCACAUUAGGAAAUUGACAACCUAAAGUAUCUUUAUUUAAAAGUAAUUACCAUACUGUAACUUGGUUGUGACACAGUUCAUGUCUGAGGUGUGGAACAGAAUUCUUGAAGCAUUCAAUCCUGGUCCAUAAAAACAGUUCUAGUAAAAUGAGAUUGUAUAUAUUUGUUCCAACUAUUUUGACCAAAAGUUUAAUAAAUUUUAAAUGUUUAACUGGA